AGUUGGCCAUAUUGGAACUUGAAGUCUUGCUAACAACUCUGGGUAGAUCGGGUUAGGCUUUUCAUAUUUUCUUCUAGAAAAAACAUAUAAAUAUAUAUCUAUAUAUAUAUUGUAUCACAGGGAUAAAAGCCUGACGUCCCAGCCAAGACGCCGCUUGUUGUGGACGGGAAAAAACCUGUCUCUGUUUUAUUGUGUGGCUGAAAAAAUACUAUGAGUCCCACCGACGCGAAGCGAGGAGCGAAGCGCAGGAAGAACAAGCGGGGCAGCGGGAGCAGCGCGGCAGGAAAGUCCGAGGCUUCAGCCGCGGCCCGGGCUGCUCAGUCCGCCGCAACAGCCGCCUCCGCCAGGAGCUUUCUGAGCACAGGGAACGCUGGAAAUGGAGACUCGGGUCUUAACGGAGAGGUCCCGGGGAAUGGUACGCCCCAGUUUUCCGAAGGCCCUGUGAACUCGGACUUUUCUGGAGUCCUCCAGACCCCAUUCACAUUCGGCCUGAACCAGAGGGCUCCCUACACCACGGGUGAUCGCUGCUUGCUCUGUCGCAGCGAGCGCAAAGACGCCGUUACACAUGACUCGGGUCAGAACGGUAUGGGCCAGUCGCCCAAAUCCUCCACCACCCUCCAGCUUCCCCUCUACGUCUGCCCCGACUGCAAGCGCACCGUGGAGAAGGACGAGCGGCAGCCCCCCUCCGACCAGACCUCCAUGAGUCAGGACUUUUUAUUACGCAUGCCCGUUGGUAAUGGGGGAUUAAGCCAGGACUCUACAGGACCCAACACUAGGCUAAUCGUUGGCGCUCCCACUUUACCCACACCGGACCUCAGCACUCCACUCUCCACCGACACUGUGUGUGGCUGUGAGGCGUGCAGCGAGAGGAGAGAGAUCACGGCGGAGUCGGAUCGAGAGUCGCAGCAGCUGCAGAACCACUGGUCCGAGGUGCGCUACCUGGUGCGCUGCAUCUACCGCCAGACUGGCACGCCGCUGGCCGACGACCAAGACCAGCCUCUAAACCGGGACAAGGAGAGCAUGAAGGAACUGGUGGACAGGCUGUGUGAGAAAGACCCGUACCAGCUGUACCAGCGGCUAGAACAGCAGGCCAGGGAAUACGUGCUGGAGAUGAAGGUCCGGCUACUGAAGCACCUGUCAGCAGGACCCGAGGGCCCAGGGGCAACUCACGGCCCUCCACAAGCUCACCAGUUUAUCUCCUUGCUCCUGGAGGAGUACAACGCCCUCUGUCAGGCCGCCAGGACCAUCAGCAGCUUCCUACUUACACUGGAGAACGAGCACCUUAAGAAGUUCCAGGUGACGUGGGAGCUCCACAACAAGCACCUGUUUGAGAGCCUGGUGUUCUCCGAGCCCAUUCUGCACAGCAGCCUGCCAGCUCUCGUUGCCCAGCUCAAGCAGGGCACGGCGUCCCACGACUCGUACAGCGAGGACAUGUACAAGGCACUGCUAGACAGUCUACACGCCCUCGAGCAGGAGAUGAAGGCCGUAGCAGUGGAAUGGAUGGAGUGCAGAAAGAGGAUAGAUGACUACGUGGACGAGCAGUUGCUUUUCAAAGUGGAAGGGCAAAACCUCACAAAUCAGCGCACUGAGCCACACAAGUCUCUAAUCAGUAAAAACAUGUCUUUAAGAACUAAGCAGCGGAUGCUUAAAGAAGACGGAGAGAUCUUCAAACAGAGAAGGUUCUUUGAGGAGCAGUUCCUACAGAACAGUAAGAAGUCUUUAGCAGGAGACAACACCUUCACAGACACGGUCAAGCAGAUGCUGUCGUCUCGGCUCAGCAUUCCAGACUGUCCCAACUGCAACUAUCGCAGAAGGUGCACAUGUGACGAUUGCAGCCUGUCUCACAUCCUCACGUGCGGUAUCAUGGAUGCCCCUGUAGGGGAGGAGCUUCACCUAAAGCUUCCACUGCAGGCGGAGUCUCCUCGAGAUUACCUGUCCGAGGUUCAUCCUCCAAGCAUGUCUUCAGGAAGCUCUGGCUCCGCCUCUGGGUCUGGUUCCGCCUCCAGUUCACCAAUCACUGUCCAACAGCACCCGCGUCUCCUCCUGCCCCAGGAUGGAGCUCCCACAUUUGUCAGCGACGAUGACGACGACGACGAAGUGCCUGCGCUACCAUCCAUCUACCCCCUGAGCAGGUACGAGGAUGCCAGCGUAGUGGCGACCAUGAAUGGCCUGCACGCUCAGCUCAACGGAGGAGAGAACACGGUGCUCAAACAUGAGUCACCGCGAAGGAGCAGCAGCAGUUCCUCUGAGGGAGAUGAGGAGGAAGUGGAGGGUGAGAGCAGCACUCAGUGUUCAGGCCAGCAGGGGGAGCUCUUGUGUGUGAAGAGAGACAGUCCUCCUCCUUCCUACACACAUGCACAGGUGGAGCAGGUACAGCACCCAUGUGAGUGUCACGUGUGUAACCAGGGCAGCAUGGACGUUGGUACAGCAGGACUGGACACCUCCGCUCUGCCUCCUCGGCACCUUCACACGGCACCCCAUCAGUUUUUCACAGACAAGGCUCCAGCUCACCCUGCGCUCCACCUCUACCCACACAUCCACGGCCACCUGCCCAUGCACAACCUGCCCCAUCUGCCCCGGCCGCUGCUGCCCACACUGUACUCCAGCCCUCCCCUCACACACAGCAAGACUCUUCCACCAGCACCGGUAUCCAAUCACACAGGAGUGAAGCAUCAGCAGAUGUUUAGCCCGGCUCUGCCCGAACACGUGUACCAAAGCUGCUUCAGCGGUGGAGCUGCAGACUGGAGCGCCUCUCUCUCUUGUCCCUCACUCAAAUUCGAGAACCUGUGGGACACGCACAUGAUGAAGAACUGGAACCCGAGUGUACUGCUUCAGGAGCCGCUACCCGGAUUAGACUCCGCCUCCCACACGUCUGGCUCUUCGUCCCUCCCGGCUCCCGAAGGAAAGGAGAAGAAGAGCUUCCCACAGAAGAAGAAGUGUAUGUUCAACUACCAAGAUGCCUUCAUGGAGGCGGGGGAGGUGGUGAUGGCUACGUCGUCGGCCAUCUCCUCGGUCUCCAGCACCGCCACCACUGUCCAGUCCAGUAACAAUCACAUCCACACUUCAGCUAAAAGAGCCGCUGCACUCGGUGAAGUAUUCCACAAUAUAGUUAAAGAGGACCACAUACAGUCCGGCCCUAUCGCUCCUCGAAACAGCCCCACAGGGUUAGUGUCUCUGCCCCCCUUCAGCAGUGCCACCCACCCUCCUGUCCCCAGCACACAUCUCCCGAGCAUGGCCUCUCAGCCCUUAAUGAAGUCUGCAGCUCCAGUGCCGGGUUUCCUAGAUGCCCACCAGACGCUGUGUGUGCCCGGUUUGGAGCAGCCGCCUAUGCCGUCUGAGGGGCCCAUUAGCGGGCCCAGCAGUGUGUGCAGUGAUCCGGACUGCGAGGGUCACCGGUGCGAGGGAGGCGGAGCCUACGAGCACCAGGCCUAUGAUGAGAGUCCGGACGAGGACAGCAGCUCAGAACACAGCUCGUCCACCUCCACCUCCACCAAUCAGAAAGAAGGAAAAUAUUGUGACUGCUGCUACUGUGAAUUUUUUGGCCAUGGAGGGCCCCCUGCAGCUCCCACUAGUAGAAACUAUGCAGAGAUGCGAGAGAAGCUCCGCCUGCGCCUCACCAAGCGCAAAGAGGAACAGCCCAAGAAGGAAGAGCUGGAACGAGAGGGGAUGGAGGACCACCGCAAAGUAGAGGAUCUACUGCAGUUCAUCAACAGCGGCGGCAACAAACCUGCCUCCAGCGCCAAAGCAGCCAAACGUGCGCGUCACAAGCAGAAAAAGCUAGAGGAAAAAGCACGCCUAGAGGCGGAGGCACGAGAGCGGGAUGUGCAGCAGCAGCUUCCGGAGGCACAGCAGAGGCGCCAGGAGGAAGAGGAAGAAGCGCUCAGGCAGGAGCUGCUCCGUCUGAAGGAGAUGCAGCACCUCCACAACUCCACCUCUAACACAUCCACCUCCAAGAAGAAAAAGAGGGAAAACAAAGCCAAAGAAGCUCCGACAGCAACAGUCAAGCCUGAAACACUGUUUCCGUUACCCGCUCCCACUAACAACCCCCAACCUCUCCGCCAGAGUGCACAGAACGUUCUGGAGAACAUGCAGAACGGCAAAACGCAUCUGCUGCACGGCCUCAUCCGCCUCAAAGAGCCCGUUAAAGAGCUUGCACCUUUACCCCAAGCCAAAAUCGGCCCAUCAAGCCCGAGACGUAGCAAAGAAAAGCCUGCUGAAAUCCCACCCUCUCUUCCCAACGGCACCCUGCCGCACUUAGAACCCCCCAUCGCCAGGCCCAAAUCCAAACACCAAUCCAACGGCACCUCCAGAACCAACGUCGAGGCAGGAAAACGGCCGCUCGACACGCCUCGAGUAACAGAACUCGCGUCCAAAUCGGCCCCAUCGCACACAGAGGGUAAAAUGAAAGCCAGGACGGCUGAGGAGCAGCUCGCUGACACCAAGAGGGACGAGAGGACGAACGGAAAGAAGCAGCUAAACGGUGCGAAGGAGGAGAGGAACUCACCCGUAAUGGAGCCUCCAGCCGUCGAGCAGAACGGGAAAGCCGUGCCAGCGGAGUCUCCACAACCCAAAAGCAAGGCCAAGAAGAACAAGAAGAAGAAGGCAGACAAGAUGAAUAACUCCAUAGACGACGUGUUCCUGCCCAAGGACAUCGACCUGGACAGCGUCGAUAUGGACGAGACGGAGCGCGAGGUGGAAUGCUUUAAAAGGUUCUGCUUGGACUCUGCUCGACAGACGAGACAGAGGCUGUCCAUCAACUGGUCCAACUUUAGCUUGAAAAAGGCCACAUUUGUGGCUCACUAACGAGAGGACGAGAUGAGAUCCUCCUUCUGAGAGGAUCAGGAUUCGAUCAGUGAUCCUUCUCUCUCUCUCUCUAUCUCUCUCCCUCCCCUCUCACCAGGCUGACUGCUGAUCCCAGUGCUGCUACGCUCCAAACAACCGCUCCUCCGACCUACAUUACCCACAAUGCCUUGCCUUGUCCUUGUCGCUGUACAUUUCCUCAAGAGAAUCAAGACACUCGGCAGUACUUUAGAGAGGAGGAGAGGGGAAAAAAAGGACAGACAGAAAAAAAGACAACCACCACUAAAUGCCACUCUACCGUUCUUAUUUUUUUCUGUUUCCAAUAUCUCCGAGUUGGCUGUUGCUCCUCCUAUCGAAUAUCCUCCACGUGUGUUUGGACGGAGGCCGCGUGAAAACAGGGGGGGGGGAAUAAGUGAAGAAACAGAGCCUUUUAUUCCUAUUGUUUGUGGAUACGAACAGAUUUUGCACUUCAUUACACAUAGCUGAGAAGGGAACGAGACUAGGACACUUAAGCUCCCUUCCCUAGGCUACUUGGUCCACACCAGGAAGAUGGCUAAUACUUGACCGAUUGUUCUUGUUGGUUUAUUCAGUUCCAUUAAACAACUGUUCCGUAAAGUGUUAGGUUUUUUUUUUUUCUUUUUCAAGUUCUCUCUCUCUCUUUUUCUCUCUUCCCCCCCUUUCUCUCUUUUUUUUCAUUCAUCCUGUAGCCAGCUUGUAUCAGACUACUUUCAGAAUCGAAUUGAAAGAAAAGAACAAUACUCACACUAUCGAUCUGUUAUAGAGUGUAUAUUGUAUUAACACUGAAGCCUGACUGGCUACUUUUUAACAUAUUGUUAAGUAAUAUUAAAAAUCUUGUCUUUCUUUUUUGAAAGAUGGAAUACAGUGGAAUGGCA